AUGACAGUGGAUUUUGAGGUUGAUGAUGAUGAUGUCAAUGGUGAGGUACUACUAAACUCCACAGAGCUUGAGAUAGAAAGCCGAAAAGGCGAUGAAGAUGACAAUGACAAUGACAUGGUAGGAUGUUCCCUUGAAGGGGUAUUUAACAACAACCAUGACAUAAAAAUCGAUCAAGAUGAACCCGAAAGAGGCAUAAUUCCACUAGAUGCCCACAAUGUUAACAUUGAAGAACCAUAUAUUGGUCAAGAGUUUGAAUCUGAAGCAUCUGCACAUGCAUUUUACAAUGCAUAUGCAACAAAAGUUGGAUUUGUUAUUCGUGUAAGCAAGCUUUCAAGAUCAAGGCGUGAUGGAACAGCUAUUGGAAGAGCUCUUGUUUGUAACAAAGAAGGGUUUAGGAUGCCAGAUAAGCGUGAAAAAAUAGUAAGACAAAGGGUGGAAACAAGAGUUGGUUGUAGAGCAAUGGUUUUAGUUAGGAAAGUAGGCUCUGGAAAAUGGGUGAUUACCAAAUUUGUGAAAGAGCAUACUCAUCCUUUGACACCUGGAAAAGGGAGAAGGGAUUUGAUUUAUGACCAAUAUCCGAAUGAGCAUGAUAAGAUCAGGGAACUAUCACAACAGCUAGCAAUUGAGAAAAGAAGAUCAGCAACCUACAAAAGACAUUUGGAAAUGGUUUUUGAGCACAUUGAGGAACACAAUCAGUCAUUGUCAAAAAAGAUUCAAGAGAUUGUAAACAAUGAAUCUUUAGAUGCUCACCUUCCUCCCUGCUGCCACCAUAUCCACCUGACCACCUUCAAAGCUCACUUCACAACCUCCGUCGACUCACGCACUAACGUCGAAUUGUUCAAUGCUCCCCUCCAAUUUCUACAGCCUGAUUUAACACAAUCCACAUGUCAGGAAGGAGAUAUAGCUUGGAAUCAUGCAAGUGAAGUUCUCUCCAUGGAUGACAAAUUGGAAAAUGACAUUGAAAAGAUGGAAACACAAACACCUUCAGAAAAUAAUCAAGAACCAUGUGAGGGUAUGCUAUUUGAAUCAGAAGAAGCAGCAAGAACAUUUUAUGAUGAGUAUGCAACACGUGUUGGUUUCAUUACCCGUGUUUUAUCUUCUCGUAAGUCAGAGAGGGACGGAAGCGUAAUUUCACGUGGCCUUGGAUGUAGAGGUGAUUCAGAACAUCAUAACAACAAGAAGAGCACUAUGAAUAUGAUCCAGAAAAAGAAUAAAAAAAGUGGAGAAAAUUGCACAGCAAUGAUUUUAGUGAAGAGAGAGAAACCUGGGAAUUGGGUUGUUAGAAAAUUUGUGAAGGAACACAAUCAUCCACUUUGUGUUUCAGUUUCUAAAAAACGUGCAACAUUUGAUGAAAAAGACAAGAGAAUUCAAGAACUAAGUGGUGAAUUGCGUGUAAAGAAGCGAUUAAGUGCAUUAUACAGAGAACAACUUCUUGCUUUAAUGAAAGAUGUUGAUGAUCAUAAUGAACAUCUAUCUUCAAAAGUUCAAGUUGUAAGAAAUAAUUUAAAAAAACUUGAAGCAAGGAAUGUAUAAUUGUAAGUAUUUAUUAUAUCUAAAUUUCCCAUGAUGCCCUUUUGAGAAUAGC